GAUGUGUAUCAAUGUGAGGGUAGAAGUGGCUACAAUGUACCAGCGUUCGGAGUGACUGAUACAUCCACAAUUGCGACGGUGACCUCCCCUUGCAGAGAAAGCCCUGUGUUGUAUCCUGGUGCUACCUCCUUCCUCUCUCUCUCCCUCCCCCCCCCACCCCCAAAAAAAAACUCCACUCCCCUCCCCUGAAUAACAUCCAUCCCCGUGCAAAACCUCCAGAACGCAAAAACGAACCCACAAAAAGAGGGGUAGGGUGUUUCAAAAAAGGAAAUCUCAGUCCCACUGCCUGUGUGUGUGUGCGUGUCUCUAUAUAUCUGUGUCUCUUUCUCUCUGUCUGUCCCCCUCUCUCUUUCUCUCUGUCUGUCCCCCUCUCUCUUUCUCUCUGUCUGUCCCCCUCUCUCUUUCUGUCGCUGUCUCUCUCUCUCUCUCUGUCGCUGUCUCUCUCUCUCCCUCUCUCCCUCUGCCUCUCUCCUCCACAAUUGUUUAACAAUGAUGGCCCCUAUGCAACAGAAUGGGAAUCACAUAGAACUCGAUCCCCCAGACUCAAGGAAGAGGCCAUUAGAAGCGCCCAUCGAUGCCGGCAGUACAAAACGGACUAACACAGGAGAAGAAGGCGAAUUUUUCAUGAAGGUCCUGAUUCCCAGUUACGCUGCUGGUUCGAUCAUCGGCAAGGGAGGCCAGACCAUCGUCCAGUUGCAGAAGGAGACGGGCGCCACCAUCAAGCUGUCCAAAUCCAAAGACUUCUACCCUGGUACCACCGAGAGGGUUUGCCUGAUCCAGGGGACGGUGGAAGCUUUGAACGCCGUCCAUGACUUCAUCGCGGAGAAGGUCCGGGAGAUGCCGCAGAAUGUCGGCAAGGCGGAGCCCGUCAACAUCCUCCAACCCCAGACCAACGUCAACCCAGACCGGGUCAAGCAAGCCAAGCUGAUUGUCCCCAACAGCACGGCCGGGCUGAUCAUCGGCAAGGGUGGGGCGACGGUGAAGGCGGUGAUGGAGCAGUCGGGGGCCUGGGUGCAGCUUUCACAGAAGCCCGAGGGCAUCAACCUGCAGGAGAGGGUGGUGACGGUGAGCGGCGAGUCGGAGCAGAACCGCAAGGCCGUUGAGCUGAUGGUGCAGAAGAUACAGGAGGAUCCACAAAGCGGAAGCUGCCUCAACAUCAGCUACGCCAACAUCUCGGGUCCGGUGGCCAACUCUAACCCCACCGGCUCCCCGUACGCCAACUCGGCCGAGGGGUUGCCGGCGGCUGCAGCGGCGGCUUCUGCAGCCGGCCUGCUGGGCCACGCCAACCUGGCGGGCGUGGCGGGCUUCACCGCCGGCCUGUCGGGCUUCACCGGCAACGACCUGCUGGCCAUCAGCUCGGCCCUCAACACCCUGGCCAGCUACGGCUACAACACCAACUCGCUCGGGUUGGGCCUCAACCCGGCCACGGCCACGGGCGUGCUGGCGGCGGUGGCGGCAAACGCCAACCCCGCCGCGGCCGCCGCCGCCAACCUGCUGGCCUCGUACGCCAACGAGGCGUCAGGCGGUGCCAACGCCCCGACCGGUACCUUCUCCCUCGGCUCGCUGACGGCCGCCACCAACGGUUACUUCAGCUCCGCUGCUGCCGCCGCUGCUGCUGCCGCUGCCGCCGCCGCCUCGUCGCCGCUGGCCGCCGCCGGCUCCAUCCUGGCCGCCGAGAAGCUGAGCGAGGGCGCCAAGGACGUGGUGGAGAUCGCCGUGCCGGAGAACCUGGUGGGCGCCAUUUUGGGCAAGGGCGGGAAGACGCUGGUGGAGUACCAGGAGUUGACUGGCGCCCGCAUCCAGAUCUCCAAAAAGGGGGAGUUUGUCCCCGGCACCAGGAACCGCAAGGUGACCAUCACCGGCACAGCCGCUGCCACACAAGCAGCACAGUAUUUAAUCAGCCAGAGGAUCACGUAUGAGCAAGGAGUCCGUGCCGCCAACCUCCAGAAGGUCGGCUAAAAAAAAAACCCAACCCAACCCAACCCAAACUAACCCAAACACAGCGCCAGAAACAAACAGGUGGCCACACUUCUUUUUUUUUAAAAAGAGAGAUAAACUGAAAAAGGGGCUUAUAUAGUACUUGAUCUAAUUAAAAAAAACAAAACGUCUUGUAUUAAUAUAUUAUAUGAAAUGUCAGAGAUCUGUUUAUAUGUAAAUAAUGUUUUCUGCAUAUCCAUGGAGACCUUGUCUUCAAGUUGAUUUGGGUUUCCUCUUCCCCUGACCUAUCCCUGGCUUUUAUCCCAACCCCAACAUCUCUUCCUCUCCUCUCCUCUCCUCUCCUCUCCUCUCCUCUCCACUCCUCUCCUCUC